AUGAAGACCAUGGGUUUACGUGUGUUUUUUUGGCUGGGAUGCGUUGCUUCCCUAGUUGCAACAGGGGAUUAUGGGCAAGCAGAUACAGUUCCAGUAUUGGAGGUUGCAGAGGCAGGCACGGACUUGAAGGAUCCUGCAGAUGUUCAAGCUGAAGGGGAUAUUAUACUGAACGAAGCGGAUAAGCAACAAGAGGCACUGAACGAUCUCAAUCCUCCACCCUCAGCAAACCCCGGUUCAAAACGAGCAUUAAUGUUCGCCGUCGGCGUUUCCCUUCUACUCGCCGCUGCGGCAGUGGGCGUUUUGAGCUUCGGGACCUCUGCUUCAGCAAAAAAGCCUGAAGAAUCACAGGAGGAAACGCCUUCAGAUGUAUCACCUGAAGCGAAAACGGCGGAAACACCAGGAGAUGAGCAGGACGCGAAAACGGUAUGCCAGCAGCUUCAUCCAACAUUGGCAGCUACCGGGACCACGGCCGUGGUUCGUCACGACAGUGCUGACUUGAUUUGCGACUGCCAGCUGUGUGCAGCUCUUUGA